AUGCCUGAUCAGGACAAAAAGUUGAAGAGCAGAGAAAAAGCAACAGACAAAAAGCCUCAGGGGAUCUCUAUGAGGGAUUAUUCUGAUCUUAAAAGACUUCAGUCUCUCUUAAAUGUUCAGUCAAGGAACCAACAGCUUCUAGCUAUACAUUUUGAAAGUGGUCAAACCAGUGUGACAAGAGCUUGGCAAAAUGUCAAAAGCAACGAACAAAAACCCCAUGGUCAAUGGCAAGAAUCAACAGAAGCUGUUGAGCUUGAAAAGUUUAGUGUGACCUACAAGAAUGAGAGAAAUUUUAGCCAACAUCCCAAACAUAAGGUGUUUCAAGAGAUCUUUACAGCCUUGGUUAGGAACAGACUUACCUGCAGGGAGUGGGUUAAUCAAGCUCCGUCCAUCCAUUUUCUUAGAGUAUUAAUCUGCCUGAGAUUAUUAAUAAGGGAUCCGUGCUAUCAGGAAAUGCUCCACAGCUUGGGUGGGAUUGAAAAUCUAGCUCAGUGUAUGGAAACAGUAGCAAAUGGCUAUCUUGAUUACAGAGAAGAGCGACAUAAUGUAGACAAGUUGGUCAACAUGACAUACAUUUUCCAAAAGCUUGCUGCUGUUAAAGAUCAAAGAGAAUGGGUUAUAGCAAGCGGAGCACAUAAAACCUUAGUAAAUUUGUUAUCUGCCAGAGACAUCAAUGUGCUUUUGGGUGCCCUCCUUGCUCUGACUAGCCUAGCAGAAAGUCCAGAAUGUAGGGAGAAGAUAAGUGAGCUCACCAUUGUUGAGAACUUGCUGGUGAUAUUACAUGAAUACGAUUUGCUUUCUAAAAGGCUCACAGCAGAAUUGCUACGUCUCCUCUGUGCAGAGGCACAAGUCAAAGAGCAAGUAAAAAUGUAUGAAGGAGUUCCAGUCUUGCUCAGUUUACUCCAUUCUGAUCAUAUCAAACUUCUAUGGAGUAUAGUUUGGAUUCUGGUACAGAUUUGUGAAGAUCCUGAGACUAGUGUGGAAAUCCGGAUUUGGGGUGGAAUCAAGCAGCUCCUUCAUAUAUUACAGGGGGAAAGAAAUCUUGUUUCUGAUCGCUCUUCAGUUGGAAGUUUAUCUAGUGCAAAUGCAGCAGGGAGAAUCCAACAUCUUCAUUUGUCAGAUGAUUUGAGUCCUGAUGAGAUGCAAGAAAAUACUUUCUCACUUCAAGCAGCUUGUUGUGCUGCAAUUACUGAACUGGUGCUCAACGAGACUAACGCUUACCAGGUUGUACAGGCAAAUGGAAUAUAUACAAUAGCAAAGCUGAUUUUACCAAAGAAAGGAAGGAAUGCUAAAAAAGCUAGUUUAUUACAGUGUUAUGCUUUCAGAGCCCUGAGAUUUCUCUUCAGUAUGGAAAGAAAUCGGCACAUCUUUAAAAGGCUUUUCCCUACUGACUUGUUUGAAAUCUUCAUUGAUAUUGGACAUUAUGUGCGUGAUAUCAGUGCUUAUGAAGAGUUGGUAUCAAAGCUAAAUUUAUUAAAGGAGGAUGAAUUGAAGCAAAUUGCUGAAAGUAUUGAGAACAUGAAUCAGAAUAAGGCACCUACAAAACAUAUAGGCAAUUAUGCAGUUUUAGAGCACCUUGGCAGUGGAGCUUUUGGAAGUGUCUAUAAGGUUAGAAAACGUAAUGGACAAAAUCUCCUAGCAAUGAAAGAAGUCAAUUUACACAAUCCAGCAUUUGGAAAGGACAAAAAAGACAGAGACAGCAGUGUAAAGAACAUUGUCUCUGAAUUAACCAUCAUCAAAGAGCAGCUUUAUCAUCCAAAUGUUGUACGGUAUUACAGAACCUUCUUGGAAAAUGAGAGAUUGUACAUAGUCAUGGAGCUCAUAGAGGGGGUGCCAUUGGGAGAACACUUUCACUCGUUGAAGGAAAAGCAACAACAGUUUACAGAAGAAAGAAUAUGGCGUAUAUUUAUCCAACUUUGUCUAGCUCUUCGUUAUUUGCAUAAAGAGAAAAGGAUUGUUCAUCGAGAUCUCACUCCAAACAAUGUCAUGCUGGGGGAUAAAGACAAAGUUACAAUUAUAGAUUUUGAUUUAAAAAAAAAAAAAAAAGAGCAGUACACUGGAACAAAGCACAUCUAUAGGCUAAGACUUUCAUUCUGUACUGUGCAUGGCUGUGCAGCAGCCCCAACAAUGAACUGCUUUGAGAAAGUUCUAGGAUCCACAGAUAGGCGUUUCUCAUCAU